AUGAAGCAGCCCGCUUCUGACGAACCGAAUAUGACCAAAUCUCUCCGAGAUAUAUUCUUCGACAUUGAAGAAGAAUUCGACCAGUUGGUGUCACCGAAUUUGGCCGAAUUUCGAAGACUGGAGAAGCCCAGAUAUGUGACUCAUGCCGAACGUAAAGUGCUCAGCCCGUACAACCCUUCUUGCGAAUGUCACUCCCUCUCAUCCACCAAAAAACCCAGGCAGCUGCUGCCAAACAACUUCAGUCAGGGUUUUGUCAGACAUCACCGGAAUUGUUGA